AAUGGCGGCGUUCUGAGUAAACUACAUGCUGAGUCAAACCAAGAAAAGUAUGAAAACGUAAUUUCACUGUCGCUAUUUGAAGAAAACAUUUACAUCUGCCUUUGUGGAUUCAAGAUGGCUAAAGGAAAUAAGCAGGUAAAAUUUGCUGAAAAACUUGUUCAACCACCUAAAAGUAAAGACUAUAACUUACUCUGUCCAAGGUGCAAAAAACGUUUUAUAUCGCCUCUUCUGUUGCCAUGUCUUCAUACAAUUUGUAAAGCUUGCCUUGACGACGAAAGAGUUCUUAUCAAGAAUGGUAAWAUAGCACGAUGCCCAACGUGUUCGGUACCAAUCGAUCUUCACACAGACUUUCCGUUGAAUUUUGUUUUGAAUAACCUAGCUAAUGAAGCUGUAUUAGGAGGGGAUCAAUCUCAGCUCUUGGUUCAUUGUGAUAGCUGCGACUCUGAUAAAGAAAGAAUUACGAUGCGUUGCGAUGACUGCUUUCUCUUUUUAUGUAAUUUUUGCGCGACGGCGCAUCGAAGGAUGAGCGCKACUAAGUCGCAUAAAAUAUCAUCAUUCCAAGAACUUCGCGAAAAGUCGGUGAAUUCAUUCACAAGACCGUGUUUUUGCGCAACGCACARUAAAAAGCAAAUUAUUUAUUAYUGUCAGUCGUGUCAGGAAGCAGUGUGUCGAGAUUGUGCUGUGUCAAMGCAUAGGGAACACGACCUCAUACAACCAAAAAUAGCAUACAACGAUCUGAAAUACGAAAUCAUUGCCUUAACAGAUGAAGUCCAAGAGAAACAAAAGCACAUGCAAAAAGCGCUUUCUUCGUUGCAGGAAGCAAUUUCUAAAAUCGAGAAACAUUCUCAUAAAGUGCGCUGUGCUAUAGAAGAAUACUUCGAGAAUCUCUUAAUGACAGUCCGAAAAAGAAUGAAAGUACUUUUAAAAGAGCUGGAGAACAAAACUGGAAAUAAAUUAUCCCAAUUGAAAGAUCAAAAACUAAAAUUAGAGAUUGCUAAAAAAGCAGUACAGAAUUGUUGCUCAUUCAGUGAAAGUGCAGUUGUUCGUGGCACCGAAGUCGAACUGAUUAGUGUGAGUCACGCAAUACUCCUGAAACUCACGCAACUACGUGAAGAAAAGAUCACGUUACCUCAGCUAAAUGCCGCUGAAAAUCAUGAGAACCUUACGUUCAGGUCUGAAGCUGGCGAUUUGAUUGGAAAGUUAAAUAGCACUGGUUAUUUAGACGAUACUUGUCCUACUACGGAUUCAUCMCUCAGUAAGUUGGACGUGAGUGCGUUACAGGUGAMUGUUAAAGAGGUGUCACGCUUUUGUGUCACGGCAGUCAAUUCCCGGAAUUUACGACAGACUAAAGGCGGAGAUUCAGUCACGGUACAGCUUUGCUUACCACAAACGCACACUAAUGCAGAUAAUGUAGGCUUCAAGUACAGUGUACGAGACCACGGCGACGGAGAAUAUUCGAUCGCUUUCCUGGUCAGUAAACMAGACAUCUAUUCCUUAAAUGUCAGUAUCAAUGGACACCCAAUUAAAGGCAGUCCCGUGUCUGUUACCGUCACGCCAAAGGACUGGAUAAGCAGUGUGCGUAUAUUAAGCGGUGGUUUUGCAAGCCCUCAUAGUGUUCUAGUCGAYAGCCGUGACAAUAUCAUCAUUGCUGAUUCACAUCAUCAUGAAAUCAAAACUUUAGAUUCUCGUGGUAGCGUGACAAGGAGCAUCGGAGGUCGGGGACUGCGUGACAUGCAGUUYAAUUUCCCGUAUUGCAUUGCAUUAAAUCAAUCUAGUAGCCUUCUCGCGGUUUCUGAYAGUCAAAAUAACCGAAUCCAACUAAUCGAUAAUAUUUCGGGAAAAUUUCGUAAAAGCAUAGGUAGUUUUGGGAGUGACGAUGGAAUGUUGAAUCAUCCGCACGGAAUUGCAAUCGACGCGAAGGAUUCUAUCAUCGUAGCCGACUCGGGCAAUAGUAGACUGCAAAUAUUUUCCCCAACGGGACAMCUGUUGGGAAAAUUGGAAUCGCAGUAUCUUAGUCGUCCAUGGGGCGUGGCUAUAACACGYGGUGGGCUGAUAGCAGUAACGGAUUACAAUAAUCACAAAGUGAUGGUCUUUGAUAAGGACGGUACACUGAAGUUCCAUUUCGGCUCCCGUGGGGAUGGUGAUGGAGAGCUAAAUAACCCGGCCGGUAUCAUAGUUGACGCCGACGACCAGUUUAUCGUGGCUGAUCGCAGUAAUCACCGAGUGCAGAUUUUCCAGCGUGACGGAAGUUACGUGACCAAGUUUGGAGGGAAAGGCACGGGUGAUGGAUUGAUGAGGUUUCCAGCUGGUGUUGCAGUGGAUAAAACAGGUCAUUUGUAUGUCGCUGAUACAAUGAAUAACAGAGUACAGGUUUUCUCCUUAACUGCAGUAUAGCGUGACAGGGUCGUGUGUGCCUAGGCGGUUUGUCACGCAUGGCCAUGGAUGAGACAAGUCACGCUUUCUAGAGAUUGAUAUAUAUAAUGGUGAUGUGACAUAGUAACGCGUGACCAUAUGUUUCAAUAGCGUGACCAGCGACGUAGCGCAUGAAUAGACCCCUUGCAGUUCAUGGGAAUGCAGCUGCAACUGGAGGACAAAACAAUAGAUUCUAGUUCCCAAGAGGUUAAAAAUCUUUUGUUUUGUCCUCCAGAUGAAGCUGCUUUGACGUCACAUGCAAGGGGUCUAUAGGCAAAUAUGAAGUAAAAGAAAAUUGGCUGUAUAGAUGAUAAACCAUUCAAGAAUGCAUUAUUACUUGUGACCAAAGACGAUGACAUAACAUGUUAUCAUUGCGUGAUAUAUUAUAUUCUAACCAWGCUAUUGCGUGAAAUAUGAAAUGUCACUAAAUUUAGACUUGAAAUUUAAUUGACGUGCACUCGGGGUAUUUAAUACAAAACAAAGCAUCACUGGCUUGGAUACAAAUUUUCAAUGAUAAUCAAAUAUGUAUAAAAGGCCAUUGAAUGAUGUAUGCGUCAUUAAAAAGAGAGAGACGGGGGGGGACUGGCUGCUCGAUCUUUGGUUGCCUUGGCCUUCUUCUAUCACUGGAUAUGAUGUACGAUGGUCGCGCAACUGUCUUACGGAUCGAUUGCAUGGUAGGCCACUGCAACCUGGUGAGUGCAUUGGUUCUCCCCUCCCCUCACACCGCCACAUACACCACACCCCCCCCUGAGCUCCUGAGACCUUGAAUCGUUUCAUGACUUUGAUGCAUGUGCCCCUCACCCCACCCCUCGUUGGGCUGCACAACUCCCUAUGACUGAAGAAACUCCUUGAACCAUUCCUGUGUAAUUGUUCUCUGAAGCACUCGCUGGUAUAAUACACAUAUUUUUCGUAAUCUUACCUUACUAAGAGUAUAUAAGUUUGACAUUUUUGAGGUCUCGCGAGUUUUCAAGAA